CUCUACCCCUCUACACAUCCUCAACUGUCCCAAGGGGCCAUUCCAUCCAAACAAGCCCAACGUGAUUUGCAGUCAAAUAGAAUUCCUUCCAUCAUUCAUUUACACGUCGCUCUCACUGUCUUCCAGCGUCGUGGGCAAGAUCACUUUCUCCACCGCUUCCCUCGCGUCGGCCCCAGGCCCUCUUUUCACCAGAAUGACGUCGUUUGACAGUCUCCCCGUAGAACUCAUCGAGGAGAUAUUUGUCCGACUGUCCUAUACAGAGCUUGCUUCCGUCCGAAACGUCUGUCAUUUGUUCCGCACGCUGUGCGACUCCACGGCUAUUCCGCUGGAGCGCAGGCGCCUCCUCGAGCUGCGGCGUGUCACGCGAUCUGAGCCCUAUGCAGCCCUCGUGCGCAACAGACUAGAGCCCUUCUUUGUCAACUUCGAUCCGUCAGAGUAUCUGGCGCGCAUCGGGGGUGAUGCGCCGCGUGAGUUCGCCGCCUGGGUGCUGGAAACGCCUCGCAACGAUGUGAUCGGCUGGCAUUGGCCUGGCUUGCAAGGGGAGCACAGUCGAGAUCGCUACCAGGAGCUGGGUCUGGACUUCAUUGACGCGAUGGUGUUCUCGCGCCAUCUCAAGCCGGGCUACACGCUCUUGCCGUCUGCCAACGUGAUGGAGGUCGAGGACCCAGACUAUUCGAAGUUCAACGAAACAGACUUUCACUUCUACCCGGGCUCGUGGCAGUGCCAGCGCUCGAUGCGCGAGAACAAGGUGCGCGCUCUUCAAGUUUGGGCUGACAUGUCCGGCUUCUCACCCAAGAUCACGCUUCUCAUCAUGAGCGGAAGCGAGCGGUGGGAUGGUUGUGUGUGGGAGACGGAAAGCCUUGCUCCUUUCCGCCAUUCGCCGGAGUCCAUCACAGCGACGACGAGCGUUCAGCUGAUAUGGCGGAAGCCAUUGGGGACGUGGACAGACUAUCUCAAGGCAGAGUGCAAGACAAUGCAGGAACGCUAUCAGUCCCUGGCCCAGCUCAAAGUGUAUCGCACAGGUCGGAGUGGGCACAUCUACGUCAGUCCUACCGAAUCGUGACGAAGGUAAUUUCAAUGAUUGUGCUAUCUUCUAAUCUUGAUUGGGUUUGUGUGACUUUACUCUAAUUUGCUCAAUGUAGGAGGGGGGAAUCAAGACGGUCGAGAUGAGUGAGGGAAGCGAGGGGGGCGACAUGAGUGACUGACUAUCCCUUUGUCCCGUUUCUUCUAGCUUCGUUGACAUAGCCGUAGACGGCUAUUCAACCUGUGAAGUAGACCACGGAAAUAGACACACCUUAUUUCAUUCUCACUGGUUCAAAUACCCCGCCACCUGGUGUAUCAAAGGGACACCAUUGCUCUAGAACGACGGGCUCAAUUCCAUGUCGACACGCUUGUUCACAUUGAGUUAAUUAGCCCGAGCAAACGUAACGCCAUGUCAAGAUCCGCGCCACCAACGUGCUUGAAGUCAGCUUGGAUGUGCGGUGAACCCGGCGCCAACUCGUCGCCCGCAUUGGUACUUCAGGAUACGGCCAAUGACAAGGGGUUCCGGAGAAUCGCCUAAACGACUCGAUAUUUCCGCCUUUUAUUAUCUCAAAUUCGUGCCACAGCAAGAGAGGAGUCGUAAAGUUUGUCAGGCUUCGAG